ACAACAGUUUGACUUUGACAUAUUUUUGUUUUUAUUUUACACAUUCGGAUUGACUUUUAUUUUACAAACGUAUUUUAACAGCAGUAAUUCACUUCAUUUCAUAGAAAUACAAGCUACAAAACUACACGACCAGAGUCGUAAAAAUUAUAUAUUCGUGUGUCUCUUUGUGUUUGUUGUAUUGUUAUCAUUGAAUGCUAGAUGUCUGCGACCGGCGAUAUAGCACCCACCGUGUUAGUUCUGGAUGGAGGAUUCUCCACUCAGCUGUCAUGUCAUGUGGGCACUUCAAUGGACGGAGAUCCACUCUGGAGUGCGCGUUUUCUUCAGACACAUCCUGAUGGUGUUGUCAACACACACCUGGAUUUCCUACGCGCCGGCUCCGACGUUAUUAUGACCAAUACUUAUCAAGCGUCUGUUGGAGGUUUCGUUAAACAUCUAGGUAUUUCAGCAGAACAAGGAUACGAUCUCAUUAAACAUGCAGUGGUACUUGCCAAACGUGCUCGAGACAUUUUCUUAAAGGAAUGCCAGGAAACAGGUGAUGUAAUUCGAGCCCCUCUAAUAGCGGGCUCAAUAGGGCCAUACGGAGCACACUUACAUGAUGGCUCGGAAUACAGCGGCGACUAUGCAGAUGUCACAGCUGUGGAUGCCAUGAGAGAGUGGCACAAGCCAAGGAUACAGGCUUUGGUUGAAGCUGGAGUAGAUAUUUUGGCCUUUGAGACCAUUCCUUGCCUGAAAGAAGCUGAAAUGCUUGUAAAAAUGUUAAAAGAGUAUCCAAAGAUGAAGGCUUGGCUGAGUUUUAGUUGUAAGGAUGAACAUUCAUUAGCACAUGGAGAAAACUUCAAGAUGGCUGCACAGAAAUGCUGGGACUUGAACCCCUCCCAACUGCUGGCUAUUGGUGUCAACUGCUGCUCACCAAAAAUUGUUGCAAACUUAUUCAAGGGUAUCAAUGAUGAGCGGCCUCACUGUCCCAUACCAUUAAUUACAUACCCUAACUCUGGAGAGAAGUAUAAUCCUGAAAUAGGCUGGAUUGAUCAGGGCAAGUGUGAGGCCCUUGCCAGCUUUGUGCCAGAGUGGCUGGACUUAGGAGUUAGGUAUGUGGGGGGGUGUUGCAGGACUUAUGCUACGGACAUCUCCCUUAUCAAUAAACAGAAAGUAUUUGGUAUAUCUGCCAGAAAGAAACAGCAUGAUAUGAAAAUGAAAGCGUUGAUAAAGGAAAAUGAGGAUUUGAGAGAACAAAACUUAAAACUGAUUUUUGAAAAUAACAAACUGAAAAGAGACUUGGGCAAGCUUAGUGACGACAAAUUCUCCGACUACCUAAACUUGAUGAGAGAGCGUGACGCUCGCUACACACUCUACUUCGAGAACUUGGGGCUGCAGAUGAAGCUGAAGGAGUUGGACGGCAGCUCAUACCCGGUGGAUGACGCUUACGGAGACCCAGUCGUAUUGCGAAUAGCACUUGACAAGUGCAGGGAGCUAUUAUCAAAUACCCAAAUGGAACUAAAAAAGAUGACUGAAGAGUACGCGGACACCGUGCCGCGGCGGGACUAUGAUACUUGCGAGACGAAGUACUACAAUCUCUCCAAGGCCUUUGACAAGUUAGAGGAAGAAUAUAAACUUCUUCGACAUACGAAUAAAAGACUUAAGGAUGCAAAAGCAUCUAUCGAGGAGGAGUUGUUUGAUACAAAGGAACGCUGCAGUGAGCUGGAACGCGCUGGAACACCUCGGCCGCAGUGGGAGCUGUGUGCCGACUUCAUAGGCGGAGGAAGAGAAAGAUGGUGGCAGCUGGCGAGAGGUCUCUCGUCUCGCGAUACUCUGAGAGUGUUGCUGAAGGAGCUCGGCCCGGCGGCAGAGAGCGACCAUCUCGAACAUUUUGAUGGACUUGGUAUGGAUCCAGUCAUUCCACCAUACCUCCGCUAUGAGGGCAAGGUGCGGAACCUGCGCCUGUCGCGACGAGAGAUCAGCGUCAUCAUCAACGACAUCUGGCUCGGCAAGAUAGACUGCCAGGACAUGCCCAUGCAGGACUAUGUUACUAAAUACUUUGAGGACAGGUACCAGCAGGCGUCAGUGCGCGCGGAGUGGGCGUACAACGUGUGCGCAGGCGCGGAGCAGAUGCUGGACGAGCCGCAGGUGAAGCUGUUCUGGGGCGUGCUGCACGGCCACCUCAGCGAGCGCAUCUACUGGGGCCACCGCGCGCACUGGCUCGCGCUCAAGCACAACCUGUACAAGCGCUCCAAGGACCAGGAGACAAUUUCCGUUGAAGAAUUCGAGAAAAUUGCAAAGUCGACGUUCCCGUUGAAGAGUGAAGUGGAUAUCAAGAACCUAAUGGACGUGGUGCGCAAGCAGCUCAAACUGAAGAUCAACAGCAACGACAUCAACCUGGACAAACUGUUCCAAGAGAACGAGGAAGGAUUCGACCGCGUGGAGUUCGCGCGCGAAUUGUUCCGGCAGCGGCAGGUCGCGCAGGACAAGUACAUCCGCGAGGUGGUGGCCGAGCUGGGGGGCAAGCACGCCGCCAGCGCCGUCAGCGUGGACAACGUCAAGCGGGCGUUCGCCAUUGUCGACCCUGCCAUAGAUCACAUCAGGAUGGAGCGCUAUAUCCGCUGGGCGUUUUCGGAUCCAACGAGUGAUUUGAAUAGCAUUCCUCCGAUUCCUUUGAGAACGUUGACUUCCAGACUAGCCGCUGGAGAUAUAGAACGCAUUGGGCCAAGGUACCGCGCCACGCAGCGCAGAACUUACAAAUAAUGCGUACGCAAUACCUGCAUACUUUGUACCUGCAGUCAGUAGUUUGACAAUCAAA